UCCGCCGUUCAAGGGUAUUUCAUCUCACACACUCAAUCAGACAAGAACGAAGAUUGUGCAACAUAACAAAAAGUGCAAUGGAAAAGUGGAAAAUUUUCUUAUUUAUCAAUUUGUGGUCAUUAAGCUAUGGACUUUCGUCUUUUGCACCAUGCAAAUAUAAUGAUAGUGAUUGUAUAGUGAAUAUUUUUAAUUCUAUCAUUAGUCUUUUUGGUGAUGAAGAUACAGAAUUUCAAGCAUUGGAUCCACUUCUAAUUGAAAAUGCAACACUCUCGACAAAAUACACACCAACAGUGCAUUUUAAAUUGCUUCUACUCAACACUAAACUCCAUGGAUUGCAGACAUUAAGAGCAAUUAGAGCCACUCCAAUCCAGGAAGACUUUAUUGGACAAGAAAAUGAAAUUGUGCUUACCACACCUCAAGUUACACUUCAUGGUCCGUACAAAAUGAAAGGGAAAUUCCACCUAAUUCCACUAUCAAGUUCAGGAAUGUGCAACAUUACCCUUUACAAUGUUGAACUCACAGUAAAAUAUACAUUGGACAAAGUCACACUUAACGGAGAGACAUACGUCAAGACCUCAGAUACGAUGGUGGAUAUCAAACCAGAAAGUAUGUGGACAGAAUUGGACAAUAUCUUUAAUACAAAUAAGGAAAUUGACGAAGCAAUUCAUCAGUAUAUCAAUGAAAACUGGCGAGAUGUCUUUAAGGAUAUGAAACCAUCGGUAACGAAAACAUUUUCAAAAAUUGCCGAAGAUGUAUUCAAUUCGAUAUCAACCAAAGUCCCCCUCAAAUUCUUAUUAAAGGAAGAAUAACUUUUUUUCUUUUAUUGAGACACUUUAUUUACCUAAUUAUUAAUUUUAUUAAAAUUAGAAUUAUGAGUUUAAUCUCAAAUUAAUAACUACUAGAGAAUAAUUAUAGAACAACGAAAAAGAGCUAAAAUUCUUGUUAAAAUCCUAAUUUUAAGGUAUUUUCACAGAUUAAAAAACGAUCUUUAAAAUGAAA